CAGGGGCACUCGAAGCGUUUGCAAAACAUAACGUGCCCCGAACGGUCCGAUGCUUGUCUUUCUGCCGUAGGCCUAGCUGGAGGCCGGGAUCCUUUUUCACCAUGCGCGCUCAACGACGUGUUCUUUUUCCCAGUUUGAACAACCACAUCAGUUCGGAAUAUAGCUCAAAGCACGCUAUGACGGCUAUAAUAACACAGAGACCCGCCAACGCACCGAGCGAGUGCCUCACACUGCCCCUCGACGUCGCCAACCGUAUAGCGUCCUACCUCCUGGACGACCAUGCCCACGCAACACUUGCUGCCCUUCAGCGCUGCUCGAAGGAAUACUACCUCGCGCUGUCCCCUGUCACGUAUAGAAGGGUAGACUUUAGGUCAGUCGAGACUUGCGACCUUUUCCGGCUGGGAGAAGGGUCCAAGGCUGAGCAGGUAACGCCCAAAAAGGUCGACGACGCUGUCGCGUCAGGCGCGUUCUUCUCCCUCAAAGCAAGCUCUUUCCGCCGCAUGGUAGCCUUAGGGUACAUCAAGCACCUCACCAUCCACUCCCUACCCGCCUGCACCUCCCCUCUCUCCAAAUCGUUUUCGUCAGUCGCCCGCUCCUCUGACGCCUUGCUUUUGCCGGGGCUAGAGUCGGUAGCCUUGGGCGCCAAAGUGGCAGACGAGAUCCGGACAUACAUCCCAGAGACGUACGACCGCCCCCACAACCCUCUCUUCCUUGAAGCACUCAUACACACCUCCCGCCCCUCCUCCCUCUGUCUCGCCCACCGCGUCGUGCCCUCUAUAGAGUGGGACGAGCACCUCGAGAUGACGUCCAUCAAACAAUACCAGCUCGUCGCCCGUGUCAACCAAUUCAUCGAGGACGGCUGGGCGUCCUUGAAGGUGUUUGAAGUGCAUGAUGUGGUGCAUCAGGUGUUGCCCUCUCUCAAGGGAUGUAGGAAUGUGUACCACUUUGCUUCGCAUUGUGUGGGACCGCCCGAGGCACCGAGGUUUAUCGCUCCCGGUUUGGCGUCGACGUUCACGCCAGGGCCCAAGUGGAACUUUCGCUCCUGGCAAAUCGGCACUGCUAUCAAAAACCUCUUUCCCUCCGGCAUCUCUCCUGCUGCCGUGCUUCAAAACACUUCUUGGGAGUUUGUCAACCACGAAGGACACAUCCUGACAAAGCCGGAGAAUGACGACGAUGAUGAUACCGGCGUGGGGUAUCUGGAGGUUGGAAGGUUGAUAGGAGAUGCGUUGAAGACGGGUUUGCCGAUGGAGCUGGCAGGUCGAGAUGGGUUCAAGGGCGAGUUGGCCAUGGAGGUGCUGGUGAGAAUGUCUUUUGAGCGAGGAGAGAAGGCUUGUGAAUCUUGUCAGCGUGUCGGCUGCGCCAACGCGACGGUAACGAAAUUACAAGACGUCUUAUGACAUUGCCGGGAGUGUGGGCGGCGCCACACAGGUACUACAUCGGCGGGGUGUCUUGCUGCUCCUGCACAGCCUGCUUGGGCAUACGGGGGAGCAGGAGCAGGGAGAAGAGAGGCGGCAUGGCCAAGGGAGAUUUAUCUGGUACCGAGGCCCAGGUUCGAGAAAGUAUGCGCGUAGUACUUGUGGGUAACGACUGCACUUCGGGAAGGAGUUGGAGUUGUAGGAGAGCAUUCUGUUCUGUCUUGAACUGUUAGAGUCCAUAGAUGUUGCCGUGACAUUGUUCAGUCUA